AACAAAAAAAGCAUUCUUGUAUCUCUAUUACAAAGAGACCAACAACUAAACAUUCGCAUACAAUCAAUGUUUCCUCCUGAAAACAAAAUAUAAACGAAACAUAAAAGUAUCGCUACUCUUCUUUAGCAUUGUUAUUAUCGUCACACAUGAUUCCCUCAGUGCCUCGUGCACUGGCCGAAGAAGUGCAUUGAAGCGUACAGCAUAAGUAUAUUCUAUAGGUAUACAUGUACGGCAGGUCAAAUUAAAAGGCAUGCAACCAGCAGCAGGAACGUACGAUUCGGUCGAUCGGCGCAUGCGCCUGAUCAGGUGCGCCGAAGAAAAGGCUGCAGCCAAAGUAGCAGCAGCAGCCGCGAGGAGAGCGAAGGUGAGUGGCGGCGGCGCGGCGUCCCUCCGUGAAGAAAGAGAGAGAGAGAGAGAAAGAGAGAGAGAGAGAGAGCAACAAGUGGUGUUUCUCGUUCGUCGCCCACAGCUGGCGAUGUCGAGGAUGCACGAAUUCGUCGAUCCUGGGAAGCCGACAACGAUUGGAGUUGGAAGGCUAAAAACAGGGAGCGGUAAGUGUGCUCGUUGUCUCACGGCCUUCGGUCGUUUCUACAACACUGGAGCCUCGUGUCCAAGGUGUCGACUGCGCGUUUGCCGGCAGUGCAGAAGAGACGCUAAUCCCGACUGGCUGUGCUCACUUUGCCACAAGAUCGAGCGAGUCAAGUCCAGCAACUGUCUUUCUGCCUUAGACAUCAUCAAGUACAGCAUCCGCAGGGCUUGGACUAUCAACGGUCCGCCAGCACGUUGGUCAGCAGCUCGAAAAUCAGCGGAGUACCGAUUGUAUCGAAGCUUACCGAGUCGACGUCGUGACUUCCUCGACGACGAGAAAAAAGUAGCAGCAGUAACGAAUGAAUCGCUGAUCAAGUCAGCAGCGAAAGUGAUCGCAAAGCCAACGAAACAGCAGCAACAGAAUGAAGUAUCGAAAAAGUCGAGUAUACCAGUGUUCCGCAGUCGUAAUUCGAAGGAGUUCGAGGAUAUCCGGGAGUCUCCGAAACGAUCAUUGAUACCGCAGAGGUACAGAGGAAGCACGGACGAUCUGCGCCGGAGCCGUGAGGACAUAAGUAUACCAAGCUUUAUACCGAAGCUGCUGUCUCCGCGAAAUAAAGAGGACAAGCAACCGCCGCUACCGUCGCAGCUUAAACGACAGGAUAGUCGGGACGACGUGCGCAAGUCUCAAUCGCUGCAGAAUCCUUCGUCUUUUCGGGCCACCAGCAGUACAUCGAUCAGGCUAUUCCGACGUGACGAACAAGAUAAAUCAGUCAAUUCACAAAGCGAAUCGCAAAUAGAGCAGGAGGCAUGUCCAGGAGGCGAGUCCUCAAAGAUGACAGUGGACGAAUUGCAGAUGAUCGAGAAUAAGGACGAGCGAGCCGAUUCCUACGUGAAUAGCAACGAAUCCAAGGGAGACGACGAAGAAGAAUGCGAUAAGAGCGACGACGUCGCUUUAGCCACGACUGCUAUAGCUACAGCCGCCUUCGUCAAAGAUCUGGACAAACAAAUUCUAUCGGAACCAACGUCCGGUAAAAAGAUCGAUGAACCGUCUGUUGUGAAAAGAAAAUUUUCUAAAGAAGAGCUUUCAACCGAUGACACCGAUGAUGCACAUAACCGACGGUGUUCUAGCCAUCUUUCGCCAGAAGCAAGCCCGCUAAGCACAAGGUCCUCAAAAUACAGUCCACGUGAGAGCGAAAGUGAGCCGACACCAGCGUUACCGCGUAAAAUUGUCGGUGAAAGGGGUGAAUCGAGUCUGGCUUCGCAAAGAAUUCGAGAUGCCAUAACUCGGACUCGCCGUGAGUCGAACAGUAGUGCCAAAUAUGAGAGUAGCGGGAGUGAGGGCGUAAGACUAAGCGAAUCUGGCCUGUCAAGCUACGUCGACAUAGCCCGUCGCGUGAAGCUUUUUAGCAGUGGAAGCUUGGGUCCAUCAGCCGGAAGUUGUGACGAAAUCCUACAACGAGACAGUGCCACAAGCGCAGGAGAAGAUGAUCAUGACGAUUACACGCGGAUGGGACCUGGCUCGCAAAGUCGUGUUAUGAUACGACGACGUCGCCAAUUCGAUGCUCAAGGUCCACGAAGGCGAGGAAGAUCGCACGCACGAGCGUGUUGCGGCGCAGAGGAACCGCUACUAAACUUGUCGGAUGAGGUGUCAACGGCGUCAGCAUUGCUAGACUACCGACGGCUCGUGUUCAUCAGCUCGGACUCGUCGUCCGGCCGCGAGGAGGACGACGCCGACAGCAGCUGCUCCGGCUCAUCCUACCUCAACGGCAAUCCUACGGCCAAGCAACACCAGCCGGGCUUGGAGGAUUGCGACUGGGAUUACUUCGAGAGCAACUCGUUGAAGCUGCCACCGCUGCAGGCUGCCACCGUCGGUCAAGCCAACGACUGGAGCUGCUGCCCGGCCAGACCCCAGGCUGGAUUCGGCGGAACGACGCCGGCUGGUUGCUGCCAGGCUUGCGGAGGCUCCCGAAACGCCAAAGUAUUGCCUGUACCCGUGCCAAUACCAGUACCAGUACCAUAUCCUGUACCAGUGCCAGCCUCAUUGUGGACAGGGGAACUAGCAGCUAAUUCGAUGAUAAGCAGAGAGCAUCAAACAUCGUUACCAUUAAAUCUACGCAACGUCAAACCACCAUCGGCUGGUACAUGGUUUUCUUGGAAUCCUGGCUUCGAUUCGUCUUCCUUACUUUUUUCACAGUCGCAUAUUUUCCCGAGAGAACUCUCUUCAUCCACUGAGGCUCUGCUACAACCUGUGAGAGCGCAAGAAAAGCAGCCAGCAAACCAACAGGGAAAACCUCUGGAAGUCAGCAAACCUGAACCAAUGAAACCAGAAGAAAAGGCACCAGAACCCGAAUCAGCUGCUCCAAACGAAGUAUCCGAAGCUUCACCGUCGCCUCCACAACGCGAAGAGCCCGAAGAGCCGUUAGCAGAGCCACAAAUCAUGUUUCAAGAUUCGCGUAGUUCAUCAGGUCGCUCGUCAGCCGACAGUAGCGAUCUCGAAGAUUCCGCGUCUCAUCGAUUUUCGCGUGUAAUGAUCGUAAACGAUGAUUCAUUAACGAGUGACAACGACAUCGAGGAUAACGAAGAUUCGGAUUCCGCGAGGGAAGCCCAUACCGCCCCACUUCGAAAAAUCAAUCAUCAAAACAAGGAUAGUCCAGCUAGUGAAGAGGAAAGUCCGGAAUCCGUGGUUUUACGAAAAAUUCGCACGUUGGAUGAGAAUGCCGAGUUCACGGAAAAAAAAUCUGAGAUACUAGAAUCGGAGGGUGCAGAGGAAGAGGAAAGAGCCGACGCAGAUGAAAGCAAGCUACAAGAGAUCGCGAGUUACGAUGAAAUUUAUCUGGCUAGUAUGCAAGACCACUCAGAAAAUUCGAUCCUCUUGAAGUCUAUCAGGCCGUUGGAUCCCGAAGACUUUCGACGCGGAGAGGACGAUUCUUCGAAUGAUUCAGCGGUAAUGCCAGACUCGCUAGAGGUGAGCAUGCAAGACUUGGAGGAUAGUAUUGAAGCGGCAGCGACGAGGGACGAGGAAACCUGCGAUAUCGGCAGAGCAAUACUCGCCACCUCGUCACCUGUGAUGACGGAGGAGGAGGAAGAGCAGGGGGGGAGGCACGAGCAAAGUGGCUUCCAGUUCAGUGCCGCCGCUGCCGCUGGUACUACCGCGGAGGUUAGUAGCGCGGAGUCUCUCGAGCCGGACGCCUUGAUGGCGAAGUCGCGCAAGAAAUGGCAGAUCCCAGCGAGCUUCGACAUCAAGGGCAUACCAUCGACGCACUUUCUGCCACCCGAGCCACGCGUCAAGAGCUCACCGCUGCUCGCCGGACUCGUCGACGUCGAGCAAGACGCAGCGACGCGUGACGACAACGAACGCCAACGACCGCGUACGCCCACUCUAGAUCUGGAGGAGGAGGAGGAGGAGGAAGAGGAGGAGGAAGAGGAGGAGGAGGAAGAAGAAGACGAGUUGGAGGAGGAGUACAACAUCAACGACGAUGUUGGCGGACAGCGCCGCAAUUGGGUAUCGCCGAACAACAACAAAUACAGGAGCCUCGUCAUGAUCACUCAACAUAGUCCAGCUUAUCAGGCCGUUAAUGUCAUCACCAGCGAUACCACCACACUACUACAGCCGCAACAAGGAUUUUAUUCGCUCGACUCGAGUCUCGAGAGGAAAGGCGCUACGGGUCUACCGUCCAAAAAACCGCUGGCCUGCAAGCGACUACUGACGACGAAUAGUGCGGAGCCGGAAGUGGAUAGCGGCUUGAGUGUAGGAAGUGCGAGUGAGAGUGACGAGCAAAGUGUGAAAAAGUGCAGCCCCGUGCUUCUGACGAGCCGCGAGGAAGAAUCGGCUCCGGUGCUCGUGGCGGCAGCAGUGCAAGAAGCUACGAAUUUCAUCGAGUCAAAGCGGGGCGGUCCGCUGAUUCUCGAGGAGGGCUUGGCCGAUGACGACUCAUGGGUCGAAGAGAUCUCGCACGAUGAAGACGAGCAAAGCGCGACUACGGCUACAGAGGAGAGUUCUGAGGACGAGACCGGCAAUAAUCUCGGCGAUCGGGAGGAAGAACUACGCGGUUAUCAUCGUCAAGCGAUCGAUUUCACCUUACACACGAUCGUCGAAGAGUCGUGCGAGGAAAGCGAGGCGGAACACACUAAUGCCAGUUGGAGAAAACGACUGGCUUCGGCUUCUGCAUCCGACUUGGACAAAUACUUUUUCUUCGGCAUCGGAGCCGACGGCAAUGCGAACAACUCGCGAGAACUCGAUAGUUUGUCCGAGAGCUCGUCUGUCUUUUCCGAGGGGCUGGAUUCGCUGACUCGCGAGGAAACGGCUCAGAAUGCUAAUCAAGAGAAGAGCAGCGGAGAGAGGUCAGAAAAGUACUAUUUCUCAGAGUUCCUUGGGUUGGAUCAAGACAGAAGAGACUCGGAUGGUUCUGUUGGCAGUGAUUCUGAAGGCCGACCUAGUCCCGAAGCUCAGAGGAGAAAACGUUUGGUCAGGGCUAGAGGCACUGGAAGAUCGCACAGUUCAUCGUUAGAUAAUUUGCUGGCUUUACAAAAUUCUGGAUCACAUCAAAACUCCCUGCAAGACACGAAUUCAGCAACAGAUGCACAAGAAUCUCAGUCCGAAGGAUCGUCCACGGAGACCGAUGUCGCAGACGAAAAUCCUAAUCCCGGAUUUGGCAGCGACGGUCAAUUCGACACGGUGAAGAGGAAGAAAAAGAAGCUACGGAAUCCCGGAGCUACGAGUCCGCGUGUCAGCGAAGAUCGCAACAAAACACCCGAACCUAGUUGUGCGUUAUCGAACGAGCUCCCGGAAGACGAAUCGAACGAGGCAGCUGCGAAUUCUGAGGAAGAUGAAGCGAAAACUCCGCAGCCAGAAAACAUUCUCGCAGUUACGCAGCCAGGCGAGAAUGAACAAGACGAUGCCCGAGCUAAACAACAAUCGAGGGAUUCGGGCUUCGUUGGAAGCUGUGAUGACCUGCUACAGAGGAACAACGGUAACGAGGCCCAAGAAGGCGCUAAGGCUGGGGAAGACGUAACGGAGACCAAAGACUAUCAACAGCAACCGGCGCCGAAGAACAUCCACGAGAGGAUCAGACUGAACAGACUUACUGCUACUACUUUGACGAGGAAGGAUAGUUUCAAUAAUUGGUCAAGUGAUGAAGAGACGAAUUUGAUGAUGUCCAAGAUGCGGCAAUUCUUCAAGACCAUGGUGGCGAACAAUCAGAAUCAAUCUGGAAGCACUGCCUCAAGUGCUGCCUCGCCAGCACCGAGUCCGAGUCCAAGAUUCUCCACCAAAGUAAGGAAUUAUGUGCAGAAUCAAAACAAUAGAACGAAACCACCGCAACUCGUAUACUUCGAGAAUGAACUGACGAGACUAAUGAAGACUGUACCUGGCAUUCGAGACGAUCAGGUGCGUGAGAUCGUAGAAUAUUUGAGCUCCGAGGACACCUGGUCAGAUUCCUAUGAUUCGUCCGACUACACGAGUUCAGAUCUCGAGGGUGCAACUGCAGGUGGACGAAGAUCAGCACUGCAAGAGCAAAUAUCGCAAAGUUGUCAGCAGAUAAUCAGCAAAUUCGAUACGAAUAACGAGGAACCAAGACGAGAUGCUCCACCGGUGCAACAACCCGGCCUUGGCAGAGACACUGCCUUUGUUUAUCAAAAGCUGGUGCAAAGUUUCACGAAAAUGGCAGGUGACAAUACGAGUAGCGACGCAAACUCGACUCCUCACAGCAGCCCACCGCUCAUCGCCAAAGUGAUGCAUCACAUAGGCAGCCGACUCGUCGCUCUCAUGCACGAAGUUUCUGAGAGCAAUUCCACAGCCGCCGCGCAUACUCACAAUACCAAUGCUGGCUGGCGAAGAUAUCCACAUCACAGAACACCGUCAUCCGCGUCCACUACCGAAGACGACGACUCCACUUCCGAUUCGGCCGGCGCAACAACGCAGCACUUGCCCCGUUCGAAAUCACACGAUCCACUACUCCUGAUAAACGGUCAUACGACAUCGAUAAGCAGCAUGCCACCGGAAACCGAAGAGCGCGAAGCGAGCGAUUACGAACGUUUUUCAUGGCGCGGAAGUUUCGAAUCUGCAUUAAUGGCCGCGGAUUCGCGUACGAAGUUGAGUUUACUGGCUUGCUCCAGUGAUGUGAGCGUAACCGCAAUGGCAGCUAAACGAAGAUCAGCCGGGGACCUGCUCUUCAAUCCGAAAAGUUUCUCCAGAGAGCAAUUAGACAGGGUGAGAAGUUGUGGUUCCAUUGGAGGUGGAACUAUCAGUGGCGCUGGCACUACUACCGUUAACGGUGGUUCUAUCGAGGAGAAAAUCUGGAGCAAUAGGAGAUCUUCGGUACCGGAUGCUAAUACCAGGGGAGAGUCUGGCGCAUCGGCCGGCGACGAUGACAGCGAAGACGAUGACGACGAGGAUCUCGACUACGGCGAUUCGCGCGCGACCACGUUACCGCGCGGUAUGCAGCCGGCGAACAUGAUCGCGACCUCGACGACGAACUCGCUGCCGCGGCAGAGUGGCUCGUCGGUGCAGAGCAUGCACAAAGCCCACAGCGUGUACCACUUCCUACCUCAGCACAGUGCCGUCAAGUCGGCGCGCUACCGCCCGCCAGGCUUCACGCGCAACAGUCCGUUGCAAAGUGGAGCGGCUGCUUCUGGGGUGGCCGGGCCGAAGAGGGCACUCAGCGCCCCUGGUCUGCAGCUGCAGUCGAGAACCAGGAGGCAACAGCACGUGAGCAACAGCGCCAACGCCAGCAGUACCAAUGUCUCCGCCUCGGGCUCGGCAGACGAAGCGAGCAGUCUGUCGGAAGCAUGCAGCACGCCGAUCAUCGGAGCAAGCUCUCGCGCGACGUCCAGCCGGAGCGCCAGCAUCGACCUGGACGACAUCGAACGUGGAUUCAACUCCUCGCAUCAUCUCACCACGCGUGCCUCGCUGUCGAGCUUGGGCGCGCGUUCGGAUUCAAUGGCGUCGGUGUACAGCGGCGCAGGCGAAGGCAGAUGGUGCGGCUCAGUGGCCGUGCGCGGUGAGGUUGAAUUCUCCUUGCAGUACGAUUACAAGCAGCUUACCUUCGAGGUCCACGUGACGCAGUGCAGAGACCUGGCUCCUGUGGACGUCAAGCGCAACCGAUCCGAUCCGUAUGUUAAAGUAUACUUGUUACCCGACAAAUCCAAGAGCGGAAAACGAAAGACGAAAGUGAAGAAGCAUACUCUGAACCCUGUUUUUGAUGAGACUCUCAAGUUCCAUAUGAGUUUGAACAGUCUGGAAGCGAGGACGUUGUGGCUGACAGUCUGGCACUCGGACAUGUUUGGUCGCAACGAUUUCCUCGGCGAGGUUCGCAUACCUUUAGAGAAUAAAAUCUUCGACGAUCCUCGACCACAGUGGUAUCCUCUCCAGGAACGCACGGAGCCAUUUGACGACCCAGUGACGUACAAAGGCGAAGUGAUAGUAGGCUUGAAGUUUGUACCACCUGACCCAACGCGACAGGAGCGCGAGAGGGAUGCUGGCACACUUGGCAAGACUAAAAAGAACUGGAGUAGAGGUGUGCUUCACGUCCUCGUCAAGGAGGCGAGGAAUUUGCAGACGCGCGCUAAAAAUUCUGGCACCUGUGAUCCAUUUUGCAAGAGCUACCUUUUGCCAGAUAAAGGCCGCUCGGGUAAACAAAAGACAGGUGUAGUGCGUCGUUCGACAGGCUCGCCCGUCUGGAAUCACACAUUUGUAUAUAAAGACGUCAGUAUCCAAGAGCUGGCGGAACGUGGCCUCGAGCUCACCGUCUGGGAUCACGAUCGGAUUGCCAGUAACGAGUUCCUUGGUGGCGUUCGUUUUAAUCUUGGCACUGGUAAACAUUACGGGAAAGCAGUGGACUGGAUGGACGCAACUGGUCGCGAAAUGUCCCUCUGGCAAAGCAUGUUGGAACGUCCGAACUUUUGGGUGGAAGGAGCAGUGACAUUAAGGCCAAAUUUACAUAAUCACGUCAAAACCGGUACUACCUAGAAAUGAUUAUUGCAACU